AAUUUUUAGUCCAUAAAAAGUUUUAUUCUUCUUUAUCUGUUUCUUUUCCCGAUCUCCCUGCACUCACAUGGCGGACAUUCCUACCCAAUCCCAAGAGCCUCCUCUGGUUGUCUUCGUCGUGGUCCACCUUGGCAGCGGUGGAGUCGGCGUCGGCCAGGACAAUAAACCCGGGCCUGCCCCCGCUUCGAAGGCUUCCAUAGAAGCUAUGCCGAGGAUAAAAGUAAAAGGGAGUGGUAUCGAUUGUUCUAUUUGUUUGGAAGCGUUCAAAGAAGACGAAGAAGCUAGGGAGAUGCCAUGCAAGCACGUGUUUCAUUCGGGUUGUGUUGAGAAGUGGCUGGGGAUUCACGGGUCAUGCCCGGUUUGUCGGUUUUUGAUGCCUUCUGAGGAGGCUGAAAGCGGAGGCGGUAGCGGUGGUUUGGGAACUUUUGAAGGUAGGGAGAUUGGUUUAGGAUUUGUACAAUCGGUUUUAGCUGUGGCUAGUUUGGCGAGUUUGAUUGCUAUGGCGGGAUCGGGUGGGGAACCCGAACAGUCUGAUGCGGGUCAAGUUGAUGGAGAUGACUCUUCAGCUACAGACAUGGAUUGCAACUGAAAUAAAUCAGUUUUUUUCUUUUCUUUUAAGCUAAAUGUAUUUUUUUUUUCAUUCUUUGCCCUUGAAGAAAGGGGACUAUAGUGUAAAUAGAUGAAAGGAAAUUUAAUUAUUUAUUUAUUUA